AUGUUCCAGUCCAAUCCUUCAAAGGGCAUGCUCGCCCUGGCGGCGAUGAACCUCAUCACUGGCACGACUGCCAACCUGAAGACCUGCGCCAGCAGCUCGGGCUUCAGUUGCCAGAGCUCCUCCACUACCCCAACUUGCUGCUUCAAUUACCCUGGUGGUGCAUUCUUGCAGACCCAAUUCUGGGAUACUGACCCCGUCACUGGGCCCUCGGACUCGUGGACUAUCCACGGACUGUGGCCUGAUAACUGCGACGGCACAUACGAGGCCAACUGCGACUCGUCGCGCGCAUACACCAACAUCACUGAGAUCCUGCAGGCACAGGACCGCUCCGAUCUGGUCUCGUACAUGGACAAGUACUGGGUUGACAUUGAUGGUGAUAAUGAGUCUUUCUGGGAACAUGAAUGGAGCAAGCAUGGGACUUGCAUUAACACUAUUGAGCCUAGCUGCUACACUGGCUAUGAGUCCCAGGAGGAGGUUGGUGAUUAUUUCCAGAAGACGGUCGAUUUGUUCAAGGGGCUUGAUACGUACAAGGCUCUUGCCGCUGCUGGCAUUACCCCGUCCAACUCCAAGACCUAUACUGCUAGCGCGAUCAAGGCUGCGCUUGCUAAGGUGCAUGAUGGUGCGGAGGUUUAUAUUAGCUGCUCCAGUGGCAAGUUGAACCAGGUUUGGUACUUCUUCAAUGUGCAGGGCAAUAUCAUUGAUGGAAAAUACGAUGCUGUUGACUCGCUUACCUCUUCUGCCUGCUCCAAGUCUGGCAUCAAGUAUGUGCCCAAGAACUAA